AGUGAAGUAUUUUUACUUCGUUACUAUACAACACUGCCUGAAUCCAUCAGCUGGAGCACUGAGGCCUGGAUGCUUCACCCUCAGCAGGAUUAAUGAUCCUCAGCUGUUAGAAACACGUAGAUGAUUCCUGGUUUUCAUCCAUGAUGUCAGAUUUUUAGGUUUUGUCAGAAAUGUUUCCAGUGUUGACUGAGAGGCUGAUUUUGAUCAUUUUUGGUCCUUUUAUCAGAUCAGAUCCAGUAAAAUCGCACCAUUAAUAGUGUCGUAUCAGUGUUCUGUUAGAUAAUAUUACAUAUUUCAUGUAUAAUAUAAAUCGCAUGCUUUCACAUCUUUCUGCAGACAACAUUGGACUAUAUUGUCAAACUGAACCGCAGCUCAUAUUGUGUCUGAUUGUCUAAUCUCAGAUCGUAUCAUCAUGGUUUCAGAUCGUUACUAUUGCAUCAUAUCAGUUUGGGUUGCAUUAGAUGAUAUAAUGUCUUACCGUACUGUAUCAUGGCUGAUCAUAUGUUAUUAUUGGGUCAUCAUCAGAGCCUGCUGUGCUGCUGCUUUCAGAUCAUUAACAUCUUCUGGUAUCUGGUACCUAACCUCACAUCUGGGUGAAAGGUUUAACCACAUAAAUCAGCCACAGCUCCCCCAACAACCAGAGAAAGGUCUCUCUCUCGCUCGCUCUGAUGUCGGCUCUUUCUCACUUCCUCUUUUCAGCUCCCCAGAAAUGUUUUGCAGUUUUGAAACCGUUUCCUCGUUUUAGUUGGAGCGUCAGAGAGAUGGACCCGUCGGUUCUGUGUGUGUUUCUGAUUCUGAUGAGCUCAGCGUCCGUCUCUGUCUCCUGGAAGAUGACGGUUUCUCCAGAGGUCACAGCUUCCAGAGGAGAAGACGCCGUGCUCCGCUGCUCCAUCAGUCUUAAUCGACAGGAUUAUUCUGAGGUUAUCGCCGUUAAAUGGACUGCUAGAGAUGCAAAAACUGACCCGUUUUUUAGAUGUUCUGUCAGGAACGACUCUCUGGAACGAGAACACGGCUGUUCGGCUUCGGUGCUUCAAUAUUCCCUGUUUGGAGAUCCUCGGAGGGGGGAGCUUUCACUGCUCAUCUCCAACGUCCAGCUGACUGAUGCAGGAGAUUUCUUCUGUGAAGUGCAGCUGGAUGGACAGAAGGAGCUCCAGAAAAAGGUUCAUCUUCGUGUGAAAGCUAAGCCUCAGAUCCUGAGCCUCUCAGUGAGGAACCAGACCUGUGGUGAGCCCAGCAGCGCCUCCCUGUGGCUGAAAUGUGAAGUUGAAGGUAAUCCACUGCCUAAAGUCGUCUGGCUGUCGCCCUCAAAGCGUCUCCUAGAAGCCCAGGGCCGAGGCUUUGAGUCCGGACAGUGGCGCUGGACGGCCUGCGUCCCUUACCUGCAGAAGGAGGACCAGGUGAUCACCUGCAGGGCGGAGAACAGCGAGGGCCAUGCAGAGAGGAGCUUCCCAGAGAGUAAUGGCCUGAGGAUGACUGCGACCCUGGUUACCGUCACUGUACUGAUGUUCCUGUCUGCAGUCUUCAUCUUCAUCAUCUGCCUCAGAAAACGUGGACGGCAGCAGGUCUCAGAUCCUCCAGCGGAUGGACCAGAACUUCAGCCCGUUUACUCUGUGAUCGUCUGUGAUCCCUCUGUACAGGUGAACUUCAUUCAGUCCACACAGCAGAAAGUAGAUACAGAAGUGACGUAUUCUUCAGUGGAGGUCUAGCAGGAUGGAGGUGAGAACAGCAGCGGACCGGAUGACCUGCUGGAGGAGAUGUUAAGAGGACCAGAUAAGAGACGUUAAGAUUCAAUGUUACUGAAGGGAAAACAUGGCCGUCACAUUUCUCUGUUUUUCUAAACGCUGUUAUUGUAUCAUAAAGGCUUGUUUUAUUGUUUCCUAUUUUAUGUGUUCAUAAAGUCUGAAAU